AUGCCGGCGACAGACUCGCCAGCCGUCAUCGUGGCGAGAUAUCUCAAAGCAAACAACUAUACAGAGGUGCACAUUUCCCCUCCAGCCUACAUGCCCAUACUGACUUCUGACUAAAGAGCGUGCUAGACUUACGAUUCCUUCGUCAAUGAAGCCGGCCUACCACCAGACGUAGGAGAUGUGUUCAAAGGCGAUCUGACCAUCGAGACUCUACUUGAGGAAAAGAAGACGUUUGACGUGUCUGUGAGAUUCGAGAAAUUGGGCGUUGAAGACGCCAAUUCGGGAUGGACGAAAUCUGGUAUGCCACAGAUCAAGGUGACGAUGGAGACUUGGAGUUUUGCUGAUGGAUGAAGCUCCCUCUACGGCCAACGAAAUCAAUGUUCUGCCUUCUUCCUCAAACAUUCUUUCUGCUCAAUUGGAGCAUUUAGCGGGCACCGAGUCGGCACCAGAGCCGAUCCUUCUAGUCUCUACCGCUGAUCGUCGACUGCACUUGCUCGAUGCUCGAUCUCGAGAUCUUCGGACCUCCUUUUCUGGGCUUCAUGACUCGCCCAUACUGUCUGUGACUGGUUUGGGCGAUGGUCAUCUACUCACCACUUCCAUGUCUGGGCAACUACAACUUAGCGAUAUGCAAGGCAAAGUACUCGAGAAGCGUCGUGAUCACUCCAAGUACGUGGUCAAGGUCGCGGCUUUCGUGGACGCCAGCGACGGAACUAUUAUCGCCACAGCUGGGUGGGACUCCAAGAUAUUGCUCUACAGGCCUAAGAUUGACACCACAGGACCCACUAUUGGCGAGCCCGUAGCAACUAUUCCUCUGGCCACCAAGCCAGAAGCAAUGAUCUUCCUGCGACACCCGGAGCAUGGCAAACCUGUACUGCUGGUCAGCCGGACUGACAGUAGCUUCAUCUUCUACUACACAGUAGAGCCCGAGCCACGCCUGUUGGGCAAGCAAAACCUGGCGCCACAUUCCAAUGCAUGGGUCGCGUUCACGCCUUCCUCGCUCCAACUCUGCCCUACGGAUCCAAGCUUGGUAGCAGUCGGCACGUCGUCAGUCCCGCACAUGAAAUUGCUGAUAGUCCGACUGCUGUUCCCACCAUGGGAAGCCCGAGCUGUCCCGCCGCCUCCAGGAGCGCUGCGAUCAUCAUCGCUCGACGGAGAUGGUCCUGCGGCUGAGACCCAGGCAUCUCAGGCUCGAGCUGCGCUCGCGAUCGCUGAUCGGGAAGCCGCUGCGAUCCAGAUUCAUUGCACGACGAUGGCGCCUCAGACGGCGUAUUCGACGCCAGCCAUCGCGUGGCGACCCAACGGGAGCGGCGUCUGGGUCAACGGAGACGACGGUGCUGUCAGGGGCAUCGAAGCCAGUACUGGCAAAGUUGUAUCGACCUUGCUUCAGGGCCAUGAGCCGGGCAGUAAAGUGCGUUGCCUGUGGGCAGGAACAGUCCAUGACGACGACGGAGAGGAAAAAGAAAUCUUGGCGAGUGGCGGAUUCGAUCGAAGGCUGAUUGUGUGGACUGUAUAG